UCCUAUACACUUUUUGUUUUCUUUUUACUACCCAACAACAAUGCCAAAUUUUAAACCAUUUGAUCUUCACAUAACUUGUCUUCUCAUUCUUCUACUUCUCAUCAAUUGUCACCAAAUUCAUUGCCACACAAAAGGACUUAGGCUAAAAAAAAAUAAAGGUAUUAAGCAACAAAAUGUCAACAAGACACAAGUUCAACAUUCAGAAGAACAAUUUAUGCAAUGGGUACAAUUUGUUGGAAGUUUAAAACAUUCACUUUUUAAGACAGCAAAAAAUAAAUUGUUCCCUUCUUAUACACUUAGAGUUGAUAAAAAUCCAGCUCAUGGUGAUUUUACUUCAAUUCAAGAUGCCAUUGAUUCUCUUCCAUUUAUCAAUCUUAUUAGGGUUGUCAUCAAGGUCCAUGCAGGAGUUUACACGGAGAAAGUAAACAUACCACCAUUCAAAUCAUUCAUAACCAUAGAAGGUGAAGGGGCAGAUAAUACAAUAAUUCAAUAUGGAGAUACAGCACAAACAAUUGGACCAAAUGGAAAACCUCUUGGCACUUUUGGUUCAGCAACUUUUGCUGUAAAUUCACCUUAUUUUCAAGCCAAGAAUAUUACUUUCAAGAAUACAACACCAAUUCCACCACCAGGAGCAAUAGGAAAACAAGCAGUAGCAUUUCGAAUAUCAGCAGAUACAGCAGCAUUUGUAGGGUGUAAAUUUUUGGGUGCACAAGAUACACUUUAUGAUCAUUUGGGAAGACAUUAUUAUAAAGAUUGUUAUAUUGAAGGCUCUGUGGACUUCAUAUUUGGCAAUGGCCUUUCUUUCUUUGAG